AUGUUCUCCAAGACCUUCGGCCUGGCUGCCGCCUUUGCUACUCUUGCCUCUGCUCUGCCCUCUGGCAUGAUCAUGCAUCGUUCCAACGGUACCGGCACCAGCACUAGUGGCGGUGUCACGAUCACUAACAACCUGAACGUGGACAUUUAUGCCUGGUCCGUCGUUGAAGAAACUGGCUCCAUGCAGACCUUGACUGCGAACGGUGGUACCUACCAGGAAAACUGGAAAACCAACCCCAACGGCGGUGGUGUCUCCAUCAAGCUGUCUACCACCCAGGAGCUGGUGGAUGUUCUCCAGUUUGAGUACACAGAGUCCUCUGAUACCAACACUAUCUACUGGGAUCUGUCCUGCGUUGACAUGGCCGCCAAUGAGGCGUUCACUAAAUACGGCUUCUCUGUUAUCCCCUCCAAUGAUGGCAACAAUGCUUCGUCCUGCCCUUCUGCUAUCUGCAAGGCUGGUGACUCUGCUUGUUCUGCCGCUUACAUCAAGCCAUACGACGACUGGGCCACCCACGGCUGCCCAAUUGACACUGGUCUGGCUCUAGCAAUCGGCCAGUAA